AUGACUUAUACCACUUUAUACAACCGUCUAGGUAUUCAACCUAACGCGUCUCAAGCUCAAAUUCUCGAGGCAUAUCGCAAUCUGGUCAAACACAUGCAUCCAGACAAGUUACCACCUCCUCGUACAGUAGCCGGAAUUAAAGCUGCUGUUUCUUUUAAAAAAAUAUACAUUGCCUAUGAAGUUUUGUCAAGUUCAUCUGCACGUGCCGCCUAUGACCGAGGAGGUAUGACAGAAGUAUGUCGCAUUGAAGGUGCGACAUGGUGGCUGGCUCACUGUGAAACAAUUGCAAGGCAACUUCCACCUAUUAAUGCUGAUAAUGAUGAAUCUGAAUAUGAGUAUGAGUAUGAAUAUGAAUAUGACGACGACAAAGAUGAAGAAUUGGAAGAUUUUUUUGAGCCUGAACCCCGCCACUGUACCUGUCUUAUGGAAUCUGUUCCUGCGCGCAACACUACUCUAAAAUUUGGACCAAUAUCAUCGUUGGUUACUUAUACUUGCGAAGUGUGUCGGCAAAUUGCUGCAGAAAAGCAUCGUCUGCGCUCAUGCCGCCAUAAACCACGUCGUGUUGAUCAAUGGGUAGAAAAGACUUUGGAGUACUUGGAUGAUGUACAGUACUAUGAAGAGUGUGAUCCUUUACCGCCUUUACCUGAAAAUGAAAAUACGGCUUUAUUGAAUAACGUACAAAGACCUCGACAUGGAAAUGAUGAUCUUCCUAUGUAUGAGAGUAUUUGUCAAAAUUUGGAAAAUGAACAAAAAUUAAGACCUCGCAGGGGUAAUAAACUUUUAAGGCGACAAUGGUGCUACUUUUUUUUCCGUAGGAACAAAACCUGCAGAAAUGUUAAUAGAUAA